AUGAGCCAUAACAAUUCAUACAUGCAGACUCGCUCUCGGCAACUGGCUCCAGCUCCAGAACCAGCUCCAGCUCCAACCCCUCCCUCCUCACUCAGAAAUGGAAGUCAGAACCAUCCCUCAAGGCACACAUCUCAGCCUCGUGCCGUAGAUCGCUACGCAAGCAUGGAGUCUACUACCGGGACCAAUCCGCAAGCACCGAGGCUCGAGGCAUAUCAGCUGCCUCCACUACAAGACGGAAUAUCACUUCCAAGUUCUCUCCUACCAUUGCCAAACUCUAACACCCAACCGGCGACCCAACCCGUCGAAUACGUGGCUGAUUCACCCGUCGAUUCAACGUUGAUGUUGAGUCAACCGGACAGAGUAGACGACCGAGAUUACGAUAGAUAUGAGGCUCAAAACAAUAGCCAGGUGUCACAGGAGCAAGAGUUAUGGGAUAGACUUCAGUCAGUUGAGUCCCAGAACAGACAGCUUAUGAACAACAUUGCCUAUAAAACACAUCAGAACAUGAAAACUACUGUGAAACAUGAUUUUCGGCUCGAUAGGCUAGAGCAGGAAAUCAGGGAAUUGAAGAGAAAGAGCCAAGCCCUAAGGUUUCGGCCGUACCGGACGUCAUACAGAAGUCUCUCACAGAACUCAAUGUAUCGAUCAUUUGUUGAUGAUAUAGGUAUCAGGCCUAUAUUCCGCGGUCUUUCAGCCAGGACCAUCGAAACUUAUGCCUUGGUGCUACCAAAGCUUGAAGCAAUGACAGAGUUGUGUCUCGAUGGACGAUUGGCUCUUGAUCAAGUAUCGCUUAAUGCUACCAAAACGAUCCGAUCGCUCAAGUUAGUAUCUGUCGGAAAGCUGGAUGGCUUCACUGCGUUUAUGGCUGCUUUCCCUUGCUUGGUUCAAUUUUCCUUUGAGUCUCGGAGUACUGUAUUACUUCCACUUGAUCGAACUGCUUGGCCAAAACUCCAAUUCUUACGCUUGAUCGGUGUAUGGGUCAACAAGGAGGCAAUAUCGCACGUGAUUGCUAUCGCAGAGUCACAUAAACUUACCUGGGAGUUUGAAGCUGUCACCUUGGCGAACAGUACACGGGGCUCAUUAUGGGCGGCAAUCCACCAAAAUGGUCACCAAAUCACAUUCACCAGCAACAACAGGGCGGUGACCUAUAAAUAG